AUGGCGCCGUCCAAAGAGUUCGAAGCCUCGCCGAUGAGCGACCACCAAGAAGCGAUCAAGAUAGAGGCUAUGGCCGUCAAACAUAUUGGCAAGGGAGAUGAAGAGACGAGCCGCUACCUAGGCGAUGCUCCCAUUGAGAUUGACGCAGCCACCAAUAAGGGAAUCUUUUGGAAGAUCAAUCGUCGUAUUCUUGCCAUCCAGCUGGUCACGUAUUUUUGCCAAUCCUUGGAUAAAGGAACGCUCAACUUUUCUUCCAUCAUGGGUAUCCAGAAAGACGCGAAUCUCGUCGGUCAACAAUAUUCUUGGCUCGGAACCAUCCUCUACAUGGGUAUUCUCGUUGGCGAGUACCCGCAGAACUUCCUCCUACAGAAGCUACCACUAGCAAAGGUUCUGGCUGUCAAUGUAUUCUGCUGGGGCGCUGUUGUGGCCUGCUCCGCUGCUUCAUCAAGCUUCGCCCCUCUUAUGGUUGUGAGAUUCCUGCUCGGUUUCUUUGAGAGCUGUAUACAACCGGCCAUGAUGCUGCUUACUUCGAUGUGGUACACCAGAUCUGAACAAUCGCUCUUGAACUCUCUGUGGUAUUGCAUGACGGGAGUACAGCUCAUGGUCGGUGGUCUUCUCGCUUUUGGCGUCUCAUAUUUCACCAACGGACCAAUAAAGAAUUGGCAACUGCUCUUCCUGGUUCUCGGCCUGGCGACUGUGGUCUGGUCAUUCUGCAUCGCCAUAUUCUUGCCUGACAGUCCUAUGAAGGCAAAGUGUUACACAGAGGAGGAAAAGAAGCUCAUGAUCGAGCGUGUGCGCGGGAACGAAACGGGUAUCCAAAAUAAGGAAUACAAGAGAUAUCAGGUUGUUGAAGCCCUGACUGACCCAUUCGUGUGGUGCUGCACGAUGCUCAUCACAGUAGCCAAUCUUGUCAUCGGCGGUCUUGGGGUCUUUUCGAACCUCAUCAUCAAAGAGUUUGGGUUUACGUUGCUCCAGACCAAUCUCCUGAAUAUAGCACAGGGCGCAGUUACUAUUAUUGUCAUGGUCGGAUCCGCACAGGCUUCUCAAAAGACUGGGCAAACUUGCUUGAUGAUGCUUCUGUGGACGCUGCCCGCCAUUGCCGGCACUAUCGUGAUUCUAGUGGUCGUCCCUAACUCGGGCAAUGCUGGAGGGAUGCUCAUCGCUUUCUAUUGUACGCAGUUCUUUCUUGCCCAAGGCAACAUGAUUAUCUCACUUGUUACGCGGAACAUUGCUGGCCAAACCAAGAAAGGAAUUACCAUGACAAUGGUCUUUGUAGGGUGGGCUGUUGGUAAUAUGGUUGCUCCGCAGAUCUUCCAGCAAAGAGAUGCCCCCAGGUACCUCACUGGAUUUGUCGUGCACUGCGCUAUUUACGGGUCAUAUAUUCUCUUGGUUGUCUUGACGCGUGUGAUACUUGUGGCGAGGAACCGCCGCAGGGAUGCGCUCGUCGUUGAGAUCUCACACGACUUGGCCUUUGAGGAUCUUACAGAUCAGGAGAAUCCCAAUUUCCGCUACGUCCCUUGA